AUCACAAUGCAGCUUAUUGUAAAGAUCUCUGUUUGCAUUUGAGAAAACUAGCACACAAGUAAGAAAGAAAAUGGAAAGUUCAGUUGUAAUGAAUGGUGGCGAUGGUCCAAAGAGCUACUUCAAAAAUUCCAAGCUCCAGGUAUUUUUGCUUUGAUUUUUUUUUUUUCAAAAACUCUAGCAUGCUCAAUCAAUAUUAAUACUCAGUUGCGUCUCAUCAGAAUAGUCCACUUUAUUGAACUAACAACAUACACGUCACGUUAACCAGGAACAAAUCCUUGAUGGUGCAAAGGUUCUCCUAAGAAAUGGAAUUGAAGAAUCACUUGAAAUACAAGAGCAUUCCAAGGUCAUUUCCAUAGCAGACCUUGGGUGUUCCACAGGUCCUAACACAUUUUCUUGUGUGAAUACCAUCAUAGAAGCAGUGAAGCACAAGUACAAAACUUCUGAGGAUCAUGCACUUAAUACCAAUGAUGAUGAAAUGCUUCCAGAGUUUCACGUGUUUUUCAAUGAUCAAAUUGACAAUGAUUUCAAUACACUAUUCAACGCUCUUCCUUUGGGAAGGGAAUACACGGCAGCUGGAGUUCCAGGCUCUUUCUACGGUCGAUUGUUCCCGAAAUCAUCAAUGAACUUGAUGCAUUGUUCUACCUCACUUCAUUGGCUCAAAAGAGUUCCCCAAGAGGUUACGAGAAGGGAUUCUCCCUCGUGGAACAAAGGGAGAAUCACGUACGUAAAGAGUUCUAUUCCGGUGGUUAAUGCUUUCAGAGACCAGUUUUCCAAUGACUUGAAAGAUUUCCUCAAAGCGAGAUCAGUGGAACUCGCCCCGGGUGGAUUAUUAGCGAUUCUCAUGAUGGCCAGGCCGGAUGACACUUUGCCUCCGGACGCAAUUUAUAUGCAGAUGUUUGAGUGUUUAGGUGAUGCACUAGUUGAUGCUGUCAAAGAGGGUGUCAUAGGUGAAGAUCUUGCAGACUCUUUCAACAUUCCAAUCUUCAUUCCAUCCAAAUCUGAAGUAAAAGAGGUGAUUUCGAGCAACAAUAGUCUCAGCAUUGAGAUGUUCCAGGAAAUACAUUAUCCGAAAAUUCCUAAGACUCCCGGUCACUCGCAAAUGUUGAGCAUACACGGGAGAGCAAUCUUAGAAGGCAUCGUUUCUGAACACUUUGGUCCUAAGCUCACUGAUGAAAUCUUCGAAAGGUACCCUAAGAAACUUAAAAGUUUCAUCGAGACGCCGUAUUGUGCUCGAAUUGACAAGCAGGUGAACCUGUUUCUUUUGCUUAAGCGCAGAGGAUGAAUCUCGGAUUUUUGGAGGAACCCAUAUGUGAUUUUAAUUUGGUCCUUUUGGAUCAGUACUUUAGAAGUGUUUUAUUACAGCAAAGUGCUUUAGGUUAUGAAGAAAUUCAUCAGUCUUUUGGUUUGGAGAUUUUUCAUUUGUAUUUCUUCUCAUUGCUCAUUAAUGUAAUGAUUUUGUAAGCUUAAUUUCUUCUGUCAAUGAAUCUUUUUAUUGAUCUUUAUUCUUUAGUAGUGAAAG